ACUCGAAAAAAUUGGAGAACAUCUCAAUUCUCGAAUCGACGUUUUCCGUUUCAGAGCUGUUUGUUCUUCAUGGAGGUUGGUCCAUUUGGAGAAGAUAGUGAGGAUGUGAGGAUGAUGGAGAGGAUGAUGUAAAUGUUUAUGAUGAGGGGGUAGAGAGUGGGGAUGGUUUUACAGAAGAGGAGGAGGAUGAAAUGGGAGAAGGAGAUGAUGGAGGAAAUGGGGGGUCAGAUUAUGAGGAGGUACUUGGUGAAAACGAUGUUCAUGGUGAAGGGGCAGAGGGAGGAGCUUCUUCAUUCGUAACACCAAAGAAGGGUAGGGAAAUGGUGCAAACAGUUUUCGGUGUGGAAGAGGAAAUACCACCCCCAACUUUGGGCAUGGUAUUUGAUAAUUGGGAUGAGUUAGAUACUUAUUUCUGGAGCUAUGCUAGGCAAAAGGGGUUUGACAUAGUUAGGGCUGCUUCUGGAUGGGUGAAGGUAAAGGUGAAGAAGGAAUUAGGUAGUGGGAACUGUUGUAAGCAGCAGCGGAAUGCUAAGUGGACCUGUGAUUGCUAUGGAAGACCUUCUAGGAAGCGUAAAGUUGAUCCACUGAAGGAAGGCUUGAUUCAAGAUGAGGAGACAAUUACAUAUAGGAAAACCAAAAAGUGUGGAUGUCUUGUGGAGUUGUAUGCUAGUGUGAAUGCAGAAGGGAAUCGGGUUGUUCGUAGGCUAAAGUUGGAGCACACUGGUCACAAAGUUACACCGGGAAAGUCCAAGGAUGUUUCCAUGUACAAGAAGCACACUUUGGUUGUUAACAAUAAGCACUUGGUGAAACAGGUGGUUUCAGCGAAGAAGUCGAGGGUGAAGGUUUCCCAGUUGUACGGAUGUUUUGCUAGGGAACAGAAUGGGGUGGAUAAGAUGACAUUUACUCAAAAAGACUUGACGAAUGCAGUGGUUGAGGAGGAAAAAAAGAGACUGGAACUUACUGAGGGUGAUGCAAAUGGGAUGAUUGAGUACUUUAACAAAAUGAGUGCAGAAAAUCAAUUUUUUUUUUUCAUCUUUGUAGGUUUGGGAAGGAUGGUUCAUGACAGGAUGUUGUAUGGGUUGAUGCGAGGAGUAGAGCUGCGUAUGAGGAGUUUGGCGAUGUUGUAUGUUUUGAUAGUACUUACUUGACUAACAAAUUUCAUUUACCCUUUGCUGUAUUUCUUGGUGUGAACCACCACGAACAGAGUAUAUUGUUUGGUUGUGCAUUGAUCUCUCGAGAGACCGCAAAAACGUACGAGUGGGUGAUGAGGACAUGGCUGCAUUGUAUGGGCGGUAAAGCCCCUACAUCGAUUCUGACAGAUCAAGGUCUGGCAAUUAGGAAUGCUGUUCAUUCUACUAUGACCGACACUUGCCAUAGGUGGUGCAUAUGGCACAUCCUUCAGAAGUUUGGUAGGUAUGUGAAGCAUGAUGAGUACGAAGAUGUAAAGGAUGACUUUGAGAGCCUAAUAUACGGUUGUUUAGAUGCUGAUGAAUUUGAAGGUCGAUGGUGUGAUGCAGUUGAUCAUUACAAACUACAGGACAACAGUUGGCUAGAGGGUUAGUUUAUUACACUUCGUAAAGGUUUAUAAUUUAUGUUGUUUGAGUAAUCUUAUGAUUUUGUGUUCCCAUUUUUAGGGUCUGUGUAGUUGAUGAUCUUAAUAUUUGAGUAAGUGCUUGUUCUUGAUGAAAUAUAUGGAUUGGUGUGAGUAGUUUGGAUGGUCUGCUGUUGUGCAUUAUCGGCAGUAAGCACCAAAUGUUAAAUUUACGUAUCACUGAGAAGUAUAAUUGUACCAGUGGUAUUAUUUUUAUACCAUUAUGAAUAAU